AUGGAUGCCUCCAGUGGAUUCUGGCAAAUACCACUCAAUGCCAAAAAACUCCCACUGCACUAUGUCUAUCAGAAGGAGGAGGCUCCUGCUGACCUGCUUUGUAAUCAGGAGAGGAACUCUGUUCUGCACCAGAAGGAUUCAGACCAUCGCCAGAUUAAAGAGGAACAAGAGGAACUCUGCACCAAUCUGGACCAGGAGGACCCAGAGCCUCCACAGAUGAAAGAGGAACAAGAGGAACUCUGCACCAAUCUGGACCAGGAGGACCCAGAGCCUCCACAGAUGAAAGAGGAACAAGAGGAACUCUGCACCAAUCUGGACCAGGAGGACCCAGAGCCUCCACAGAUGAAAGAGGAACAAGAGGAACAGGAGGGACUCUGCACCAGUCUUGAAGGAGAGCUGCUUAUACAGAAUCAGGAGAGUGAUACCUUAAUAGAAACUCCUACUUCUCAGGAAAGGGACCACAGUGACACAGAACCAAACAGUUACCAGAUACUCUGUAACACUUUUCUUGUAGCGGAGAGGUCAGAUCAGAAAAGAAGCAAGCAUGGAGACUUAGAACCAACUACAAAUGCAAAGCUGAAGCCAAUGAAGACACAUCACAGAAACAACAGUCACAGUAACAAUGUAGACAACACUCCCAUGGCUGACAGUAGCUGUGAAACUGACACAGGGGGAAAAGCCUUUAAAAAUAGAUACGACAUGAAGAAACAUUACAGCAGUCAUACAGAUGAGAAGCUGUUUGCUUGUAAGUCAUGUGAGAAAAGUUUCAGCGAUAGAGCUCAGCUUGAAGUCCACAUGAGAACUCACACAAGUGAGAAGCCGUACUCUUGUGACACAUGCGGAAAAAGUUUCAUUAAAGAAGAUAAUUUGAAAGUCCACAUGAGAACUCACACAGGUGAGAAGCCAUACUCUUGUGAAACCUGUGGAAAAAGUUUCAGUCAAGGAGGUCAUUUGAAAGUCCACAUGAGAAUUCACACAGGUGAGAAGCCGUACUCCUGUAAAACCUGUGGAAAAAGUUUCAGUCAUGGAGGUCAUUUGAAAGCCCACAUGAGAACUCACACAGGUGAGAGGCCGUACUCUUGUGAAACCUGUGGAAAAAGUUUCAGUUAUGGAGGUAGUUUGAAAGCCCACAUGAGAAGUCACACAGGUGAGAGGCCAUACUAUUGUACAACCUGUGGAAAAGGUUUCAGUCAUAGAAAUCGGUUGAAAGUCCACAUGAGAGCUCACACAGGUGAGAAGUUGUCAUCCUGAAACGUGUGGAAAAAACGUUUUACAGCAGCUUCUGACUGUGCUUCAACAAUAAUUGUGAGGAAAUAUGUCAGCAGUCCUUGAUGAUUAGACCAAAUGGAGUCUGGACUGUGGUGGUGGUGGAGCUGGGAGAAGAACCAGGCUGAACAUCUGGAUAAAUGUACUAUUGGUACAGGCUGCUGCAUUUUUGAUAUCAUGUCUCAUCCUUCAUCAGCAUAGCAGUGGUGUGAGAUAUUGUGAAGCUCUUUGGAACAUUUUCACAUCCUGCUGGAAGAACAUGGUUGAUCAUGUGUGAACAUACUGCUGGAGUCCAAACAGCUUGAGUGCUGCUGUCUUUAAAGUAAAAGGGCGGCAAAGAACUACUGAGGCGUUAUGACAGUAGGACACAGCAGAGUGUGUCAUUGCAACAGAAGAGAUCUGCACAUGAACCUCCUUUGAUUGUUUGUCAUGUUUCAAAGACAGACAGCUGAGGAGAUGAAGUGGACUUCUGUUGGUACCUGUAGAGGUAGUUGAUACAGUCAAGACAGUCUCAGUGUUUCGUUCCACAGCCAUCAUUACAUCUUUCAAGGUCAUUCAUCUAAUUUCUUCAUCAGCAAAAUGUCACAUACAUAGCAGCAAAUUCCCCAAACAGAAACCACCUUUACUGAUUUAAUGUGUGAUUUAAAAUGUGAUCUCCACAGGCUGUAAUGCUGUACAGGUCAGACUGUGUGAAAACUACAGCCAUAUGUCAGGAAAUUAGUCUGUCAUCUGUUUGUUCCUCAUCAGUGAUUUAUUUUCUGAUGCAUUAUUGGAAAUUCUAAAUUUGUUUCAAACUCCAUAUUGAUAAUAAAUAAACUUAAAAAUGUC